AGCUGGACAAUAUUUAAUUUAUUAUGCUAUGUGGGAGAAGAGCCCAGAUUAAGAGUUGGGUGUUGUCUUAAAGGACCUGGAGUAGAAUCAAUAGGGGUUUGCCAGUUUCCAUUAGAAAUAUUCAGAAAAUUACUUCAGACCCUUUUGGGAAAUAAUAAUACAACCAACUCUAAGACUGACUAUCCAUUUUCCAGCUAUUUGCUAUUAAAAAAAGUUUUCUGGUAUUUUUCUGUUUACAAAAUAUAUUUUCUCACUUAAAAAUGGCAGCACAAAGUGGCAUUAUUUUAGGGAGGCCCCAUCGGUAAGGAGAGUUCAUGAGUUUACAUAUGCUUACAUGGAUGAUUUGGAGGAAAGAGAUCUUGGGCCUCUUGCUUCAAGAUCCAGGCCUCCAUUGCAUUUACACCAAUUGGAAUCAAAGCCUCUUAAAAUGGCAGGUGAUUUGCAUUUCCAGUCAGGAGACACAGGGGCUCAGCUACCUUUCCAAAGGAGUGCAGCAUUAUGUAAGAAUGGCUUUAUGGUGCUCAAAAGCCAGCCAUGUGAGAUUGUGGAGGUGUCCACCUCCAGGACUGGCAAGCACGGCCAUGCCACAGUCCACCUGGUUGACACUGACAUCUUUACUGAGGAUAAAUAUGGAGAUAUCUGCCCGAAAACUCAUAAUAUGGAUAUUCCCAUCAUAAAAAGGAAUGACUUUCAGCUGAGUGGCAUCCAGGAUGGGUAUCUAUCAUGGCUCUAACACAGUAGGGAGGUGCCAGAGGACCUAGACCUUGGCAAGGAGACUAAGCAGAAGCAUGGAGAGGGGAUCCCCACUACAGUGCUUUCUCCCAUGACAGAGGAGAAAGCUGUUGCAAUCAAGGCCCUGGCAAAAUAUCUGGCUCCCAGGCUGGUGGUGGGGCAGUAGCGAUCCUCCAGCCUGUGAGGCAUCUUUCUAGCUUGGCCCAGCUCUGGCCUGGCCUGGCCUUUAGCUGGACUCCUACACAAAUUCUUUGAUGUUUCAUCUUGGUCUUCCCUACCCCCCAAAUCUGCUGGGGAGCCCCUGUUUUUCAUCCUGCUCCCUUGGCCAGGAGUGAGCGAGCUAUGGUCUUGGAGAAGCUACCCUCUCCUUCUCCCCUAGGACUACAACCCUGAAGGGGGAAGGGAGGAAGGUGCUGCUUGUGGAUCUAGGCUUGUUUUUUUUCUUCCCCCAAUUCAGUCUGGAAUCAGAAAACCGUGCAUUCUGGCAAAUGGUCCUUGUGCUCUCCCCCACCCAUCCCUAGUCUUG